AGCCCCGCCUACUAGGCGAGAAACAAGUGGACCAAUUGUGUUUGGAGAGUGGGCGGGAUCUUCGCUGUCUCGGAAGGGGAAUGGAAUAAAGGAGAGGGAAAAGACGCUAACGGAAGGAAAACAAAAGUUAUUGUCAGAAGCAAAAGAUAUUCGUUGUGCACCCUCGACUCAGAGGGAAGGGACUCGACUUUAAUGAUGUGUUUCUAUUCGGAUAAUGGUCUGUGCUAUAUUCUCCUAACCGGACCACAGUAAGAGAUUGGAAUAAAAGAAACUCGAGGGUUAUCCUUAAAUGAUUUCAUGUGGAUGGGGUAUCUGCAUGGCAGUUGUUUCUUAUGGCAUCAAAUGAUAAACAAGAUUGUCUCACUGGCCACAAUCAAUGUCCUUGCCUUUAUGAUACAUCAAUGUGGGGAUCUAUCUUGGCUUCAGUGAAAGAACAGCUCCCAUCUUUUGACUCAGAUUCUUCCUCAUCAGAUGAAGAAGAUGGGGAAUUAUUCAUCUUCCAACGAGAUGAAGAAGAUCUGAUUCCAGAUUUAACUGAAGAACUGGCAGAUGAUCCAGACAUUCAGCAGCUUCUGGAAUCUGUGAAAAACACUGGAAAGAACUGGUAUGAAGAAAUAAAGGAUUCAGCUAUUCUUCAAGGGAAAGACUCUAGGAGGCCUUUGCUGAUUAGCCCAGCAUUUGGAGACAAAGAUGAAAAUCAAACAGGCAUUUAUUUCAGAAUCGCUGAAGAGAAUACCAAGUGGCAGAAAGGAGAUAACUGGGACUUGUUUAGGUCUAGAUCUCAGGCUCUUAUCACAGGGCCCCAAGUAGAAGAGUUUCCAACUUCCACCUAUAAAAAAGAUCUCACAAUUGGCAAUUUAGGGACUGGUAAUUUAUCUCCUUUUGAAGAGUCUGAUUCCACAAACAUAAAGGCUAUCAGAAAAGAGAGAAGAAAGAUGAUAGAGAAAAACAUACUUCGCAAGGAAGUCAAGGAGUUUCCACUUGAAAAUUUAAAUUAUUCACAUUUCACAAAAUCCAUAUCCCAUGAAUCCACUGAGUCAGGGGAUGUAGAAGAAAAGAUGCCAGCCAAACAUGAAGGCUUGAAACUUGAAUCCACUGAGUCAGAAGUUGUAGAAGAAAAGAUGCCAGCCAAAUAUGAAGGCCUGAAACUUCGGUCUCUUGAGAUACUUGAAGAGUGGGAUUUAGAUGAGCUACUUCAAAAUCUGGAGGCACAAAAAGGCCAGGGAGAAUGUACAAAACGAGCCAUGUGCUGGGAAGUCGAGCCACCUUCUAAAGGCCGAGAAAACUUUGUGUCCAACUCCCAGGACAAGCUUAUGGAGCAACUAGUUGCCCUGUGCGCCAGACAAUCUAAAAGUUUAUCCUCACCCUAUAAGAAGAUAUCUGAUGAGCUCAUGGAGAACCAGAUCAGAAACAGAAGUUCUAGCUGUAUAUCACAUCUAACACCAGGACAGAGUCAUGACAUGACUAAUGGCACAAAGCUAAAGGGGAUAAUAGAACCUCCCACAGUUUUCAUUGACCUCAGGCAACCUGACACGAAGAAAUCAGUGCCUGUGAUCAGGGCCUCUGCGUCAGAAUACAGAUUCCAGAAUCAAGUAGAAGAGUUCAGCUCCAGUGAUAGCUCUACAGAAAGUGAGGAGGAGACUCCAGAUAUGAGAUUUGAGAAAGGACCCAGAGGGAGAAUUUCACAAAGACCAAGGGACCAGACUGGGAAAAGUUACCUGUUACAACAACUCCGUGCCUUCCAGAAGACCUCUCAGUCAUGUGGCACUGAAACUAAAGUAAUUACUCAAGAUACUCAGGAUACUGAAACUUUUGAAGACAUGGCCAAGGUGGGAAUCAGGAGAAAACAAGUGGUAACAAGAGAGAGACAUCAGAACAUUUCAGAAAGGCCACUGGCAUCCAAAUACCUUCCACUCCUGGACCAAGAGGCCAAAGGUAAAGGAAAAAAUAAAAAAGGGCAUCAACAAGAUUCCAAAUUCAGAAAAAUUCAUUGUGGAGGUGGUGGCUCCUCUGAAUAAAACAAGAAAAACUUCCAGAUUUUCUGUUUCCAAACUACUGUUUCAAAGUGGAAUGAUUUCAACUUUCAUUUAUUUUAUUCACACAAUAAACAUUUAUUAAAUGCCCAUCAAGUACAACGGGUUCAUACUGAAGAACAUACAAAAACAAAAUACUAUUCCUGCCCUUCAAGAGCUUACAAUCUAAUAAGGGUAACAAAACACACACACAAAUAAGCAUAAUAAAAAUCUAUGCAUAAGGGUUCAAAAUGCUGAGAUAAGAUAAGAAAGUAAUCUGAGGUAGGGGAAAAGGUCACAAACUUUGGAGUCUUUUCAACUGUACCUUGAAGAGGAAGCAUGAUGUCAACAGGCAGAGAUGGGGACAAAUAUGAUUCAAGUGUCUGAAAAUACAUGUCAUCAGGACUUGCUGAUUCACAGAAUUUUAUAUCAAAAACUUAAAUCUAAUUCCAACUUCUUUUCCUAUUAAGACUUGACUUUCUGCUUUAUAAGUUGUACAAAUAUGCUCAGAUGACUAAUUUUUGGCAAAGGAUCAAAGCUUUUGUCUUUUUAAUAUUAGCUUUCCAUCUCCAUGUAAAGGAUAAAUGCUUUUCCAGAUCUUACUGUCCUAAGCCUCUUAUACAGUGCUCUGCACCUAGCAGAUGUUAUAUAGAUGCUUAAUGACUUGAAUGAUUCUUUUAUAUUGCAUUUUCCCCUCAAUUAUGUUCCUGUCAACCUGUGGUAUUUUUUAGUAUUUGCUAUUAUUCACCUGGCUUAGUUUCUUCCUUUGAGAGUUAUUUCCCCUUUUAGCUCUUUAUAAAGUGUUUCAUUUAGAAAAGCUAAUUUAUUACUUUCAAUGCUACAAAUCAAAACACCAGCUUUUUCUUGUGCCUUAAAACUUUCAUUAGACACUAUUCAUCUUAGUCUCUCAUUUUCUCUUAUCUUACAUGAGGCAACAUCUCAUUAGCAGAAUCUUCAACACUCAAACUUUGAAGAUAGCUGAAAUCCUAUUGUUCUCCUCACCUGUGUGAUUAUCUCUUGGAAUAUCUCUCUCCUUGAAAGAUUGUAGAUUCGAGUUCAACAAUCCUUCCUUUUGAUCCAGGUGGGCAAUUAGAUUUGGUUUGGGAAUAGGAAGCCCUGUCCAUAAGGAAGGUCAGGGCUCAGUAAAAGAAAUAGGAAAAACUCUGUUUACAUACAGAAUCUGCCUCCAAAUAAGGGGGUAAGUUCAGGAUCCAGAAAUGUUGCAUGUAAUUUUUUUCUGGAAACUUCCAGGAUAGCCAAGAUGGAAAAAAAAUAUGAUUAACCAUUAGGUUAAGAACUUCCAUCAUUUAAAAAUAAUUCACAUGCCCCAAUGUGAAUUCUGCCAUUAAUGCUGAAAGGUUAUGCAAACCAAAUUCAACAAGUAUAACUCUUUAGGAGUUUAUAAUUUACAGUAGAAAACAUCAGUUGGGGUUAAAUAACUUGCUCAAAGUCACACAAUUAAGAAGUACCUGAGGCUGGAUUUGAACUCAGCUCCUCCUGUCUAAACAGCCAGUGCUCUAUUCACUGAACCACCUAGCUGUCCAAGACUCUCUUUACUCAAAAACAAAAGGGUGUGGUAGACAGCUAAUCAUACAGAAAUCAGCUUGAUUUUGGUUCAUAAAAAGGAAAAAAUGAACAAUUCAAUUAUUUUAAAAACAAAUGUGCCUGUAGAAACAAUUAUAUCAAUAUCAGUUAUCUGGGAAAAGUUCCUAAAAGAAGGCUGGAUUUUAAGUGUUUUUGAUUGAUAGAAAGGAACACAGUAAACUAGGAAAUUCUCAUCACAAAGGGUUGCAUAAGAAAAGACUGAGAAAUGGGAGUAGAAACGGAUAAAGAAGUCUCAAGUAGGUUUCCUUGUUGGAUAAUGCAAAAAUAAGAAAUAAAGGACAUUAAGUUAACCAGGUGAGAAACUUGAA